AUGGCCAAUUCUACCAUGGUAACUGAAUUUCUCCUCCUGAGCUUUCCUGAUGGCUGGAAUAUGAGAGUCUUCUAUUUUACAGUAUUCACAGUGACCUACCUGGGUACCAUGUUAGGGAACCUGCUCAUCAUCACUGUCACCACUGCUGACCAGAACCUGCACACACCCAUGUACUUCUUCCUCAGGAACCUGUCCAUCUUGGACAUGUGCUACAUUUCCAUCACUGUCCCCAAUGCCUGUGUCAACUCUCUCACUGGCAACCAGGUCAUUUCAGUGGGUGGCUGUGCAACCCAGAUUUUCUUGGUCAUUUUUUGUGCAUACGUGGAGAUGCUGUUUCUUUCCAUCAUGGCCUGGGACCGCUAUGUGGCCAUCUGCCAGCCCCUCCAGUACCCCAUCAUCAUGAACCCUCAGUUUUGUGUCCAACUGACCCUGGCUUCCCUGCUCAGUGGCCUGGUAUAUGCAGGUGUGCACACUGGGAACACCUUCAAGCUGUCCUUCUGUCAGUCAAACGUCGUCCAUCAGUUCUUCUGUGAUCUCCCCUCUCUGCUGAGGCUCUCCUGCUCUGACACCACCAGCAACAUGGUCCUUCUUCUUUUCUCUGCUGUGGUGGUCUGUGGCGGUUGCUUUACUUUUAUUACCAUGUCAUAUAUUCGCAUAUUUUCUGCUAUGCUGAAAUUUCCCACCAGAGAGACAGGGAAGGCCUUCUCCACCUGCAUUCCUCACAUCCUCGUGGUGUCUGUCUUCUUUAUUUCUGUCACAGGUGUGUACAUGAGACCUUCAGCAACCUCUGACACACUGCAGAGCAUCAUUCUCUCUGCCUUUUAUACCAUGGUUCCUCCAUUCUUGAAUCCUCUCAUCUACAGUCUCAGGAACAAACAGGUAAAGGAAGCUGUGAGGAGAGUCAAGCAGCUGUUCUCAGGGAAAAGAUAA